AAGCCUAGCCAAGUCUAUAGGAGCCUCUAAAAAGCUUCACUACUAUAACCGAGUGUGGUGACCUGCAAGGGACGAUGCCUGCGCUCUACACUCUGUGGAACACGAAGCUGGAGAAGCGGUGGAACGUGGGGAGCGACGAUUUCGUUCUACCCACUAUUGUCGCCAUUGCAGUUCGUCUCGUAGGAUUUGUCCUUGUGGUUGGUGUGCUAGUCUACCUGUACGUCGCCCCUCUGGGCUGCAAUGAUCUGGCCCUGGAAACCCCUCCCUGGCUCUACGGGACACUGUUUGCCACACUCCUCCUCGAGUUUGCCGUGGUCAUUAACGAUGCCAUCAUCAUGUCUAAGAGCUGCAGAGGGCGCAUCGACCACUCACAGGAACCCAGUCCAGAGGAACAGGUGCAGUUUGACAUGUACGACGGACCCACCCCGAGAAAACACCGCUGGCCGGACCCUGAUAGCACCAGCCCCAGGAGACCGCUCAAGUUUUACCUGUUUUUCCGGUUUCUUCUCUUUCUUCUGGAGAUUGUCCUCUCCGGGCUCUACGGCUAUGCCUGCUGGAGCCCCAUGAUCACCGACCAGAUCCUCGAGUGCGAAAAGUUCCAAGGACCGGUAUACUUUGCCCGCGGUGUGGCCGUUACCUGGUGGAUAGUUAUCAUAAUCUCCUGCAUCAUGUGGUCCAUAUUCCUCGACCCAAUUGGGAUAUGUGGCCCCGGGCUUCUGGAUCAACUCGACUUCUUAGAUGAAGAAGAGGAGAUCAUUGACCCUAGUGUACACCGCACCUUCAAAUUUCACCGUGCCCGGAUCAGCUCGACGAAAAUACAGCGCAGGUUCAAGACCCUGUUUUGUUGCUGUCUGGGAUUAGCGAGGCACAGGGAAAGAGGCGUGGCACUCGAAGACGCCGCACAAGUGAUGCAGAGCAUAUUUAACGACGUCGAUCUGGUAGGGUCUGACCUGGUCGCAGGGCUCAUUCUCCUCAACAGGGACCAGAAGAGAAAGAUACGCAACAACGAGUGCCUUGUCUCUGACUGCAAGAAGCACAUCUUCAGGCAGAUGUCUACGAGAUCAGAGGAAGACCUGAUCCCCGAGGGCUAUGACUCUAGCGGCAACAGAUCACUGCACCAAGUCUCUCACCCUGCCUUUGACAAAGAGUUGAAAGAUUACAUUGUGCUGGACGACUUGAUGCACUUCUGCCACUAUGCAUUGGGAGUGUAUGGCUGGCCGCUCUACCUGUAUGAGAACCUCGACUGUGGCACUGGGUGCUGUGGACUUACUGCCUGCUGCAGGCUUACAGCCAAGACAUGUGGCGGUUGUUACUGCAGACGUCUGUCUAAGCGGAGGGCAAAUGGAGACGUCAUGGCCGACAACCUGUGUUUCUGCGGGUUUGCCAGUGUCCAGCUCAUGUCACCAGACCAAAGUCUCAGGAAAGAUGACAUCAAACACCUUACCUUUGAAAACGAGUACUUCGAGUGUCCCUACUUGCUGUGUGUGGAUCACGCCAUGAAAGCUGUUGUGGUGUGUGUGAGGGGGACUUUGUCAUUCAAGGAUGUGCUGACAGAUAUCACUGUGUCUGUGAAGAAACUGACAAAGGAAGAUGUCGGAGACAAGUUUAAUGUUCCGGGAGCCUACGUGCAUCGGGGAAUGUACAGGACAGCUAAGGGCAUAAGAGAUCAACUGUUGAGCCCAGACAAACCAAUACUGACAAACACUCUCGGUGACUACGAGAAAGAUCACUACAGACUGGUGAUAGUGGGUCACUCCCUGGGGGCUGGGGUGGCCAGCAUCCUAGCCAUCCUCCUCAAAGACUACUUCCCUGAUCUCAUCUGCUACGCUUACUCUCCUCCAGGCUGCGUGUUCAGUUUUCCACUGGUACAGUACAGCAAAGAUUUUAUAACUUCAGUUGUGAUUGGAAACGACAUGGUUGCCAGACUUUCCAUCAGGGCAUUGCACUACAUGAAGAGAGAGAUAGAGGCACUGCUGAAGAAGUGUAAAAAGCCAAAGCAUCAGGUGAUAUUCCAGCCUCGCUACUGCGACAGAUUAUGCGGCAUGUGUACCAGAGAAGUGGAAGAUCCCUCAGUGUCCAUGGUUGACAUUGAGCACAAGCUCUCCAGGGAGGACAGUGAAGAAGAAGAGAUGAGAGAACCCAUGUCACUGCCUCCCAGACCAGCCCUCAACAGAGCUGACUCCAUGUAAGCAGAUGUUACUAUAAUCAGUUGCCGACGGCGAUAGAGUGUUUGAGCAGCCGUCUUUCUUAGUCUGUAGCGUAAGGGUGGAUGCUGAGCUAAUGUGGGAUUUCGUAGCUAGCAAAAAGUAAGUAUGCUCCCUUCACUGGUGUUAUUUUAAGCACUACUCAAACAUGGCCCUCCAACACCAACAGUAUAAAAAAGCUUCUUACAGUAUUAUUGAAAUGUGGCCAUGAAAGACCUUUAAUCAACCUCCCCAGUUCUCAAAGCUGCGCAUCUAGUUAGUUGCGUGUGUAUGUGUAUACUGUAUGUAUCAAGUGAGCCUGGAAGGGGUGGUGGUCUGCAUUCUCCUUGCAGUAUCAGCUGGGCAUGCUGUGGCAAGAAGCAUUUGAAAGCACCCAAGAAACCAGCUGUGAAGAAAGUCACCAGACGUCAGAGAGUUCCCACAUUUGCCCCGGGAUCAAUACUCCACUUGACUGUCAAACAAAAGCAGAAACCAAGCUGCCUGGGGCCAUGUUACGUCCUCAAAGUAACACCAGAGUGGAUACAUAGCGAGGACCUGGGAGUCAUCAUCGCUGACCGAGGAAUGAUAGAAGACCACAUGCCAACCCGCGUGAUGGAGGUCCUCCGAACCUACCACAGAGAAGUGUCCGUUCAGACCGGUCUGGUUUUUACCAAGGACGUAGUGAGCGCCGAGCGGAGGAAGACGACAAACGACGAAAUCAGGAAUUUGAUCCAGAAACGAAGCUACUUUGACCUGCCAGUGAGGGGUAGGCUUGACUCCGAUGGAAAAUCAUGGAGGAGAGCGAUGCAAGCAGGAGAAGACGAGCCCGAUGGUGCAGUGGAGGGAAUCGAUGAAGAAAACGAUGAAAGAGUGAGGGUGAUGAUGGACGAACCUGUAGAAUCCUCCGCGGAAGAUGAACUUCUCCCCAGUUCACCCGAUACAGCUAACAGGCUAUACAAGGGCACUGCCAUAGACAUUGAAGAAAACCAGCUAACCCACGCUGAGCAGCAGAAUGAACUUAUUGCUUCUAAUGACAGGGACGACCCCGAGGAGAUAGAGUUGACCGUGGAGAGAUAUGGUGGGGAAGGCUACACAGAGCUUGCCCCAACAGAAACAUUAUUAUGAGCUAUAUACAACUGUACAUGUAUCAUAUUCAGUGGUUGUGAUGUCCUCACAAAAACUACCUACCAACUGCCUUCAUGCUUAUAAAGCUGCAUUCUAUUUGUUUCUUCAGCUGUAUGCAUAUCCCUGCUGUUUUACUAAAUAUAAAGGCUUCAUAUUGUAUCCUCUGUUGUUUCUAGCAAUUAUAUAUACUCUUGGCAGGCUUUUUCUGACACACUCAGAGGAAGAAUAAUGGGUGAAGUUAUAAAGAGAAGCAUGUCACAUCACUAUUAUAAUAAUGGCUAAUGAGUUGCACUCCUUAUUAAUUUUCUGGCUA